GGGGCUGGAGCUCGAUGCAGGUUUGAACAAGCCCUGGGCAUGUUUGGCGGGAAGUUGGCUUCGCCGGGCUACCUGCGGCCCUGAAGUUGCCUAGUCCCCGCCUCGUUCUCCCCUGGGGCUUCUCAGUUCUCCCUCCAUGAUCUCGGCGUAGGGCACGGUAUCCCUUCGCACGGCGGACGCGAUGGCGCCCAAGAAGCGCCCAGAAACCCAGAAGACCUCCGAGAUUGUGUUACGCCCCAGGAACAAGAGGAGCAGAAGUCCCCGGGAGCUGGAGCGCGAGGCCAAGAAGCUCUGUGCGAAUGGCUCCGGUUCUAGCAGAAAAUGUGACUCAGACUGCCUUUGGGUGGGGUUGACCAGCCUGGAGAUCCCGCCACUAUGCCGCAACCUCGUCAGAGCUCUCCACCAGCACAAGCUGGGCGAGACUGCCUGGCCAUCACUACAGCAGAGUCUUCAGCAGUCCUUUGUGCGCUCUCUGGAUACUUACCGGAUAUUCCAAAAGGCCGCCCCCUUUGACAGGAGGGCAACAUCCUUGGCGUGGCACCCAACUCACCCUAGCACCGUGGCUGUGGGUUCCAAAGGGGGAGAUGUCAUGCUCUGGAACUUUGGCGUAAAGGACAAACCCACCUUCAUUAAAGGGAUUGGAGCUGGAGGGAGCAUCACUGGGCUGAAGUUUAACCCUCUCAAUACCAACCAGUUUUACGCCUCCUCAAUGGAGGGAACAACUAGGCUGCAAGACUUUAAAGGCAACAUUCUACGAGUUUUUGCCAACUCAGACACCUGCAACGUCUGGUUUUGUAGCCUGGAUGUGUCUGCCACUAGCCAGAUGGUGGUCACAGGAGACAACGUGGGCAAUGUGAUACUGCUGAACAUGGACGGCAAAGAGCUUUGGAAUCUCAGAAUGCACAAAAAGAAAGUGACCCAUGUGGCCCUGAACCCAUGCUGUGAUUGGUUCCUGGCCACAGCCUCCGUAGAUCAAACAGUGAAAAUCUGGGACCUGCGCCAGGUUAGAGGGCAAGCCAGCUUCCUCUACUCGCUGCCGCACAGGCAUCCUGUCAAUGCAGCUUGUUUCAGUCCUGAUGGAGCCCAGCUCCUGACCACUGACCAGAAGAGUGAGAUCCGGGUCUACUCCACCUCCCAGUGGGACUGCCCCGCGGGCCUGAUCCCGCACCCUCACCGUCACUUCCAGCACCUCACGCCCAUCAAGGCAGCCUGGCAUCCUCGGUACAACCUCAUUGUCGUGGGCCGAUACCCAGAUCCUAAUUUCAAAAGUUGUAGCCCCUAUGAAUUAAGGACAAUCGAUGUGUUUGAUGGAAACUCAGGGAGGAUGAUGUGUCAGCUCUACGACCCAGAAUCUUCUGGUAUCAGUUCGCUCAAUGAGUUCAAUCCCAUGGGGGACACGCUGGCCUCUGCAAUGGGUUAUCACGUUCUUAUUUGGAGCCAGGAGGAAGCUCGAACACGGAAAUGAGAGACUGAGACUGAAGAAGGUGUGGGCCAAACGAGGGCUUGGAGCCCACAGGUGGGAUCAAGUCCUGCAAGAGGAGGUGGCCAAAAGCAUCCAAGUCUUAGGGUUGAAGCAGGGGCACUGUGCACAGGGCACUGUGGGACUGGGACACCAGCAUGGUAUUGCUCUGGACUUAGCUCCGGAAACUUCAGAGUGGGUGACCAGCUGCCACAAGGGUCCCUCUGUACCUAGCCUGGAACCAAGCUUAUCUUGGAGCCAACUUACUUUUCUCCUCUCUGAUGUAUGGUAGCAGAGUGGUCAGGAAGUGUUGUUUGAUUUGUGUUCACUAUUGAUAUGGCCAAUAAAACCAUACCCAACUGAG